AGACAAAUACUUCCAACCUCUUGCUGUUCUGAGUUGCUCAUCUCUUCCAAAGGACGAUGGAAUUUUCUACAUUAUGACAAUAGCAUCCAAUAUUGAAAUAAAAAGUAGCGCUUUGUAAAGCGCUGACAAAAAAAAACAAAAUUCUCUUCGAAAAUUCGGGAAGGGAGAAAGUUAUAAAUCAGUGAGAAGUGAAAUUACCUUGGGAAAAAAGUACCAUUAAACGCAUCAAUCCGGGAACAAAAAAAAUAGCACACCGGAAAGCUCCUCCAAGCGAGAAGCUCUCGUGUUCCGGCUUAUUAAGGAGCAGCAAUAGCAGUUCCGCUUAGCACAAUAUUAACAAGAAAAUAAACCAACAAGGUAUCUACAACAAGUUAUUCGAGGCACCCAAUCUUCGCCAUCAUGAGUUCCCGGCACGCCUUCUACACCGUCGAGGUGGGAGACACCAAGUUUACGAUUCUGAAGCGCUACCAAAACCUGAAACCGAUCGGAUCCGGCGCACAGGGCAUUGUAUGUUGAAAAAAUCCCAUGCAGAAAAACAGUAAUCAAUCAUCGUUAGAACAAAAAAUCAUAUUAGGCGAUCUACCAAGCUAGUAGAAAAAUUAAUUAAAACUUGAACGUGAAACCAUUAUCCUUCAAAAUGAGCCAGGAAAAGGUAAACGAAAAAUGGGAAAAGUACCAGUUCGGUGAUACCGAAUUUGAAGUGCCCAACCGGUACGUCCGGCUGGAGGCCAAGGGCUUCGGAGCCCAGGGGAUGGUUUGCGCCGCAUACGACACUGUCACCCAGCAGAAUGUGGCCAUCAAAAAGCUGUCGAGACCGUUCCAGAACGUCACACAUGCCAAACGAGCCUACAGGGAGUUUAAGCUUAUGAAAUUAGUCAAUCACAAAAAUAUCAUUGGACUGUUAAAUGCAUUCACGCCGCAACGCACCCUGGAGGAGUUCCAGGACGUGUACCUGGUGAUGGAGCUGAUGGACGCCAACCUGUGCCAGGUCAUUCAGAUGGAUCUGGACCACGAGCGGAUGUCCUACCUGCUGUACCAGAUGCUGUGCGGCAUCAAGCAUCUGCACUCGGCCGGCAUCAUUCACAGGGAUUUAAAGCCUUCGAACAUCGUAGUCAAGUCGGACUGCACGCUCAAAAUUCUAGACUUCGGGCUGGCCCGGACGGCCGGCACCACCUUCAUGAUGACCCCGUACGUAGUCACCCGGUACUACCGGGCCCCCGAGGUCAUCCUCGGCAUGGGCUACAAGGAGAACGUCGACAUCUGGUCCGUCGGCUGCAUUAUGGGCGAGAUGAUCCGUGGUGGGGUCCUGUUCCCCGGAACCGAUCACAUCGACCAGUGGAACAAGAUUAUUGAACAAUUGGGAACGCCCUCGCCCUCGUUCAUGGCCCGGUUACAGCCAACGGUGAGGAAUUACGUGGAGAAUCGGCCCCGAUAUACCGGGUAUCCGUUCGAUCGGUUGUUCCCGGACGUGCUGUUCCCAACAGACUCGAACGAGCAUAAUCGACUCAAGGCUAGUCAGGCCCGGGAUCUGCUCAGCAAGAUGCUAGUUGUGGAUCCGGAACAUAGGAUCUCAGUCGACCAGGCACUGGUACACAGCUACAUCAACGUCUGGUACGACGAAAGUGAAGUCAAUGCGCCUGCGCCCGGCCCGUACGAUCACAGCGUAGACGAACGGGAACACACCGUGGAGCAGUGGAAGGAACUGAUCUACCAGGAGGUCAUGGAGUACGAAGCCCGUAAUAACUUGGCGGAUGGUGAAGGAACUCCACGGUAGAAAUCAUCGGCAGCUGAAGACUAAAACGACCGGCAUCAUCGGCCACCCAAGGUGCCCGAUUCCAAUUCCGACUAUAGGUGCGGAACUUCCGCGGCGGCAGGGCCGAGCGGUGCUGCUGGUGGCAAUGGUUACUCAACCAUCAGUUGUAUCAAUAGUAGCAGUAGUAAUAGUAGUAGUGCUAGCAAAAAUAUGUGCGAAGAGCGACUAGUGUGAAGAUUGCUUUAGACAGCGAAGCGCUAGCCAGUCGCAGCAGGCGCAGAAGAAAACAAAACCGUAGACGAAAGUUGUUGUAUUGGGACAGGUGGAAAGUGGAACACGUGAAAGGAGGACUCUGUAUGAACACUCAAGUGGUUUCGUUAAUUAGCAUUGUGCAAGUUGAAAGACGAAUCCGUACUAAACUAACUAGAAGCAGAAGCAGAAAGUGAAAAAAUGUGCGCUGUGAAGUUAAUUAUGAAACAAACAAAAAAUAUAAAAUAAUAUGUAAACAAAAAUUUUGACAAGAGGAGAACAGAAAAACCUUUGUACAUAUUUACCCGAAUUGUAAAAGACUUGUGUAAGCGAAGCAAACGGAUUAAUCUAAGCGGAAUGACAACAUAAGUACAUUUAGGCUAAGCUAAAUAGUGACAAAACGCGACAACAACGCGGACGCAAACUGAUGGAACGGAGCUGAAACCGAAACUGAAGUUUUGAACCAGCUGGUCAAAAUGUGCAAUAAUUUUAUCGUUCCGGAUUGAAUCAAAAACACACACACAAAUCUACGCUUCCAUCAGAUGAAUGUGACCAGUUCUACAGAAGAAAAAAUAACCGAUCCAGAGCAACUACUAAAUUUGACGGUAGCAAAGUUAUGCAGAAAUUGAAAAUUAAAUAUACUUAGAUCGCUUUUAAUUGUUGAAUUAAGUCAACUAAAAUGCAAAACCAAAACAGCUAUGAAAUGAAUAUCAAACAACCCCUUCUCUCUCUAAUAAAAUAAUCAAACAAAUUUAAAACAAGAAGAACAAACUAGAAAGAUGAAUAUUAAAAAAAGUCGUGAUCAUUUUGUCGUCUACCGUUUCACAAUUCUGGUCUCUGUUAAGUAUUCAUUCAUUGAUAAGCAACCGUGCGAAAAUUGGAACAACCCUUUAAGGUAAGUUUUGUUUUAUUUUUUAAAAUUAUUAUUCUCCAAGAAGUUUAUGUUUAAUUAUGUUUGAAACUGCCCUAUGGAAAUUUGAAAUAUUCAGACCUCUCCAGUUGACCUCAUUUCCCAUCAUCGACUGGUGACAUCUUGACGGUAGAUAUUCCAAUUACUUUGUGUUCAGUGACUGAUUUCGGUUGCAUCAUUGUUUCAAUAAAAUACCUCCUUGGAAAUGUAAACUCUUUUAAAACAAUCUGUUAAAUCCGUCAACUUCUAUUCGAAAUUGGAGAUUCAUAGCUCAAUGUUGGUCUUGAAGAAAAUUGAGAAAAAUGAAUUUUCACUCUCAGGAACUUCAUGGCAUUCUAGAUCUACUGCUGUAACAAUUUCUGAUCAUUUGAUUGGUUCUUUAACAUUUAAACCCUUGAAUAAUCAGGACAAAAGCCUACUUAUGUUCACGGAACGUUGAACGGCAUUAAUUUUUAAAAUCACUGCCCUAUAUUCGAGAGAAAAGGAGAAACACCGCGGUCAAAAAACGUAGAUUUUACUCGCUCACAAAAAUAUCAAUCCCACGAUUUUUUUUCUCUUUUUUUAAUGCCAUUUCAAUUGCCAUAAACAUCCCAUCGAGAUCGUUUCACGUUAAAAAAAAUCAGCAUAAUCAUUUCGUGUACCCCCAGGAGAGUACUUAAUCAUCACCUCAAUAAGAAGCAACAAAAGAAAUGUAAUUGUAAAAAAAUAAAUUUUUAAAGCGAUAAAAAAUGUUUAGCAGAAAAAACGCAGCUUACAAUAUAUUUCAUAAACAAAGGAACUAUAUUUCAGGAUCGAUUCGUAGAAGGAAAGGUAGGAAGCUCCAAAGACCGUGGUAGUGAAGAAUAUAAUCAUGUAAAUACCGAAUAAGAAAUAAAAAUAUACGAAUGAAAUGAUAAAGCAGCAAAGUAAGAACAUGAAUAAUAAGUAAAUAAUCCAGAAAGUAAGUAAUCAGAGCAUCCCGAAAUCACACACCACGUUGGAUGAAACUACAGAUUUAAAAUAGAACCUAAUGUUUAAGCACUAAUCAUUAUUUUUAUGAUUAGAUCGAGAGAAAGUAACACAAGCUAGAAUUGAACAAAAAAAAAAGGAAAUGUGAAAAUGUAAGUCGCCAAGUGCGAUGCAACUAGUACAACCCAAAAAAAAAGUCUUCAUUAGUGGAAGAUUGUUACACUAGAUGGGUUCAUUUUUAAACAACAAAUAGCAAUAUCUAAAUUUCUCUCAACGCCGCCGCCGGACAGAUUUAAUUUUGAUACGGACAAAUUAUGCGACACCCCCAGAAGAAGACAGAAAACAAAACAAAAAAACUCGUGCUCGUGAUUUUUGCUGAACGUUUUUCGAAAAAUUUUCACUUCUCUAAAGCUGCAAACGUGGAAUAAAUUUGUUGCCGGACACCGACAAAAACAAGAAGAACUGAAAACCAAAACUGAAAAGAUAGAGAACGGUUUAAACACGUUAUUAUGGAGAACACAGUUUCACGAUUCCGCCCUUUUUAUAGCAAACAAAACAAAAAGCGAAUUAAGCCGAUCAAAUAAAAAAGUGGAAAAAAAAACCUGGAAACCCUUUCAGAAAUGAUUCGGGAACAUUUCUGAAAAUGUAAAUUCAAUAUGACUGCACUUUUUUCGAGUAAUUUUCAAUGGAAAAUUUGAUUUUUUUUUCAGAAUUUCGUUGUCUGAUUCUAAUUAAUUCUGCUAAGAAUGAUAACAUAAAGAAAAUGACAAUCGCUUGCCUCAAUAAUUUGUCUUUUUGAACUAUCGUUUUCCGAAAUAACUGAACUCCUUCAGUUGACUGCGUUUAUUGAAUGCCGCUCUAAAACCUAAGUGAACGAUCACUGAAACAAAAAUGACGUCCAACUCAUUUAAAAAUACUGAACUUGAGAAAGUCGAAGAAUAAAUAAAUAAUCAUACUAGAGUAAAAUUUGCCAGUUCUCAGUCAUCAUAGCAACCAAGAAUAGUAGUUAAACACACAAUCCCACUUCAUCACAAACAACAUCCGAAGGCACAUUCAAAUCCACCAUUUAUGCAUCCAGUUUAUCGCGAGAAGUCAUAGCGUUUUUAUUACUUACAAUUUUUUCCCGUUGAGCAUGGAGUCAGUCAUUAGAUUUCACCUUGUUGAAAAAUAAUGCAAAGAAUAUAGUCAAAGAACAAGAAACCUCUGAAUCGAAUUACCUUAGUAGGCGAACAAGAAACAAAGUCAAAUAUUGCACCUUAAUACAAAAAAUAUCUCUCGUUAACCUUCUUAGAAAUCUGUCUCGUUCUAUUCUCAGUCAGCAAACAAAAAAUGAACAAGCAGCAGCGAGUUUUCCCGGUCGGUUACAAGCUUAGGAUUUCUUACCCAAAACUUGUGAGGAUAAGACAUUAUUGGCAUUGGCUAAGAGUAUCCCAUUGGUUACAAUUUCCAGCAAAACAUAAACCACAAAACUAAGAGUCUGACUGGAUGUCAGACUUCACGUCCCAAACCAAGUUUAACAGAAAAUAAAUUAAAUAGAAAAAAAACAAUAAAACAUACCCAAAAAAAACUCACAAAAAACCGGCUAUCAUCAGUAAAUAUGAGAAUCGGGAAACUAGGAGAACUAAAACGCUCACAAUCACGAAAUAUUACCAAUUAAAUUGAGACAACACGCGCUAUAAGGAAGAAAUAUGAACAAAACACACGUUAAUAAAACCAACAAAUUAGAAAGAAAAACACCGAGUGAACAAGAGAACUAGAAAAAAAAUGCGCAUGAGAUAAGACGGCAUUUCGAGAUACCUGUGAGUGAACAAUUAUAGGAGAAGUUAGAGGUUGUGGGGACAGGAUUAUUUGAUCGGUGUGGAUUGAACGCGGCGAGCGCACGUGCAGAUUGUGUUAUAAAGCUACAAGUGUAUUAAGUAAAUA